UGUAGAGGAUCACACACGCGCGUGAUAUUAGUGUGAUCAACGGAGCCACCGACUCGGCCAAAGCACUGCUUCUGUACUGCCCAACACGGCCAUCGGCAAAGCGAAGCGUCAAGCGGGACACUGACAAUGUUGAACUGUAUCGUUUCAGGGCACGCAUAAUUUCACGACUACCAGCGAUUGAGGUUCUAGACCACCAAAAAGUCACGGACACCGAAAAGCAGAUGUCCUCUUCCUGCGAAGCGCACAAUCAGUCGGUGGCUUCCCUUGGUUGCUCUUCGCGAUCUACUCGUUCUAUGCCUCAUGUUGGUUUCUCUGGAAGGUCGUCGUCAGGGCCACGUAACCACUAUUUCUUGACUCUGCAUACGAGGACGGAACGAUCGAAAAGUUGUCUUCAAUCUGCCUGCUCGUCAAGAUCCCCUUCAGCAACAGCGGUAUCGACGACACCCGACAAGGAACCAGGCAAUGGGCAUCACGUCGCAGAUUACUCUCACGUGUCGUCGCCAAAGUGCAUCUCUCGUUCGCGGCAACUGUCUGGGUUUUCGGCCCUCGACUGCGACGUGCUGCAAAAAGCACGUAUUCUUUGUGCCCGGCCGAAGAGUGAUAUGCGCGACAGGGAAUCUCUGCUGCUUGCCGACAAAGUCCUUUGUCCGUCUCCGCAUCCACCGGCGAUACGAGCGCUUCGAAACGAGACUUUCAAAGAAAACACUCCACACAUGCAAGGCCUCUCUAGCGCAAGUGUUGUCUGCAGUACGGAGCAUGUUAAUCCUGUCAUGGGACCAGCUUAUGUUCCACAGAGGAACCUUGUUUUCCAAAACCCGCGUCGUGCAAACACGAGUCACGGGCAGCGUACCUACGUUGGUGCAUGUAAUGCCUCGUUCUCUUUUUGCUGUGCCUCUUCUGUCGGGAACUCAACCAAAGGAACUGACACUGCUGGCUUUCCCGGCGAGGCAGCAUGCGGCAAGGACGUUUCUCCUCUGGAAGCUUGGGAAACCGAGGAGGUUCGAGCUGCCUGUAUGGGCCUUCUGAAACAGUGGGCACCUUUCCAAGAACGACGGCCGCCGAAUGAUUUCACGUACACCAUACCCCUUGAGUUCCUUCAGCCUCUCGCGGAAUUCGUCGAGAACGACUGUGCGGGCAUCGGAAAAGUUCCUGUUCGACUCAUCAAAGAUGCCGUGCAGCUCAAAGAGGAACACGAAAAAACAGUCGCAGCAGCCCAGGCACAGACUCAAGCGGACGUUGCAGCAGCAGGACACUUGGUUCCGACUUCUCAUUUUGGUUCGCAGGGGCGAGGCAAUCACAGCGCCGGGGGCACCCGAGGGAAAGCAGGGAAGACUGCAAGUGAAACCUCAUCCGAAGGUGGUCACAGUGCAGGUGGAAAUCGGGGCUGCCUUGCCCGCAAGGCAGCUGGCGGUGUGGUCUCUAGCACAACAGGCACGGUUCCUUCCCCAAGUGUAGGAUCAGUCGCCAAAGAGAAAACUGUAGCAGGAUUAGGCAUCCUACCAGCCAAAGACGGUGCCAGUGGACUGACGCAGGGAAUGCCUCUUGCUUCCCCUUCGCCCGACAUGACAGCAGCUCAGGUGCUUGAUUGGGUUCUUCAUCGACCUUGGGUAGAGCGAGACGAGCACCUGAUAGAACAAGCCCUUGAGAAGUUCUAUGUAGAUGCUCAAACCCGGCUCACCCAGGGGAAACCAGCUGAGGCGACAAAGAUGGCAACUCUGGCGAUCAGGCUGUCGCGGAUUCUUGACGAACGCCAGGCUGCAAAAGCUCGGGCAGUCGCCGACAACCCUUCCACAAUGAGGAUGUUCAAAGAACGUAAAAUGGACUUGUUCUGGUAGAGACUUAGUCCAGAGUUGAUUUUGCUUUACAGCUGUGUCCCUGGACAGAGGCGUGCAAUACACACAGACCAUGCAAAUACCCCCCACCACUCCCCUUUCCUAAUUGUGCCCUCAACCGAGAGAGGUUCAAAUCAAUCUGGCAGUUGAGUCCCUGGCACGCCCAAAGGUCCUUUCCCCUUUGCAUUUCUGUCAGUCCUGGCGGGACACUAAGUUGAAGUCAGACAUGUCAUGUAAACCUGGAGUUCGUUUUUGGUCCGCACAAACUGAAUUCCCCAGGAUUACCGCUUCCUGUAUCCUGAUGCACGAACACGUUGUAUCACAGCGCGCAGCUCCCUUUACCUAUAGGACGAAUGUCUUUUCUAGUGAAGUAACCACGGUAAAAACGGUUUUCUAGUAA